AGACCCUUAAUGUAACGUGUCAUGGGGGGUAUUUCCACGCGGGACAUUCAUUGUACACAACGUCAACUGCAGACGACGCUGUUUCUUCGUUCCUUCUUUCGAUCAUUCUCUGAAUCAAUCAACGAAUCUUGUUCUUGCGUCAUCUCAAAAUCAUAGGUAAAAUAUCUCAUCUUUCACCUAAAUUCCUUCAUUUUAUUCAACACCCAUUUUUUCAAUCUUCCAAAUUUCCCAUUAUAUUGUGUAGUGUAUAUCAUCAUCAUCAUCAAGGGUUGAAAAUAGUGCUCAAAUCAAAUCCAAUUAACAUGAUUCUUGCUUGUAUUGUUCCAAUUUGAUCAUGUUUUACAUGACCCUUUUGUAUUGAAUAUCAAAAUUUCAUUUUUUUGAUACUACAUUUUAUGAUCAAGGGUUGAGAAUAGUGUUUAAUGGAUAAUAACUAUGGUUCAUCAUCUUCACCAUAUCGGUAUCCAAACCCUUAUAUGUAUCCCCCUAACCCUCACCCUAACCCUAACCCUAACCCUAAUCCUCAUCGACCGUAUCCACCUCAAGAUCCAUAUGCACAUUCUCAUGCUCCUCCUUAUCCAUAUCCUUAUCUUUCUUCACAUUCCUUUAACUAUUCCUAUCCUAGACCAUACCCUCCUCAUCCUCAAUUAGUACCCUCAGCCCCACCCUCUUAUCCUUAUCCAUACCAUGUUCCUCAAGGAACUCAUAAUCCUACUCAACCUUCUCAUUCACACCAUGCUAGCUUAUUACAACAUGGAUCAUCUUCUAAUCAUUAUUAUUAUUAUCAACAAAAUGCUUCUCAUGAAGACCGUCCCGAUGCUCAUUCGCGUCAUAAUAGCUACUCUGGUCCUUACUGGUCAGAGACAUCAAGUUCAAUAGGCGGUGGUGGUGGUGGUGGUGGUGGAGUAUCACAAACUAGUGGCGGUGGUGGUGAUAAUUCAAGGCCAUCUGUUUAUCCGCGUUUGGAGGAUCUAAUGAACGAUGUUAGGUUGUCUGAUAAUCAGCCAGCUUCACCUUCGGCGCCAGCUCAACCUUUUAUGCAUUCGAUUUCGGUACCGAAGAUGCAACAGAAGAAGGAGGAUUUUUAUGGAUAUUCUAAUAACUCGUUCUCGGGUUGGGGAUCCUCGUACCCGAAUCGGGUUAACUCGGGUAGAUUUUCAGAUUUUUCUGGUUCUGGCUCGUUUAAUGACUCGAUGUAUAAUCAGAGCUUGCAGGUUGUUCCGGUGCAGAAUAAAGGGUCGUUGAGAGUUUUGCUCCUUCAUGGAAAUUUAGAUAUAUGGGUUCAUGAAGCCAAAAAUCUUCCGAAUAUGGACAUGUUCCACAAAACAUUGGGGGAUAUGUUUAAUAAAUUACCUGGUAGUGUGAGCAAUAAAAUUGAAGGAACAAUGCAUAAGAAGAUUACCAGUGAUCCUUAUGUUUCGAUUUCAGUGUCAAAUGCCGUAAUUGGGAGGACUUUUGUAAUUAGCAACUCUGAAAAUCCUGUUUGGAGUCAACAUUUUUAUGUUCCUGUUGCACAUAACGCCGCUGAAGUGCACUUUGUUGUUAAAGACAGUGAUAUUGUGGGUUCACAGCUCAUUGGUAUUGUAGCGAUUCCAGUGGAACAAAUAUACUCAGGGGAAAUAGUUGAAGGAGCUUACCCUGUCCUGAAUAGUAAUGGGAAACCUUGUAAGCAAGGUGCUGUACUGAGCCUAUCCAUUCAGUACAUCCCAAUGGAGAAACUAAGCUUUUAUCACCAAGGAGUUGGAGCAGGGCCUGAAUAUAUCGGAGUUCCUGCCACUUAUUUUCCUUUAAGGAAAGGUGGAAAUGUUACUCUAUAUCAAGAUGCUCAUGUUCCAGAUGGAAUCCUCCCUAAUGUGGUUCUUGAUAGUGGGAUGUUUUAUGUGAAUGGAAAAUGUUGGCAUGACAUCUUUGAUGCCAUAAGUCAAGCUCGCCGCUUGAUUUAUAUUACAGGUUGGUCAGUGUGGCACAAAGUUAGGUUGGUAAGAGAUGGCGGUUAUGCAUCAGAUUAUACCUUGGGUGAUCUUCUGAAGACAAAGUCACAAGAAGGAGUAAGAGUGCUUCUCCUUAUUUGGGAUGAUCCAACAUCAAGAAGUAUUUUGGGUUAUAAAACAGAUGGUGUAAUGGCAACUCAUGAUGAGGAAACUAGACGGUUUUUCAAGCACUCAUCAGUCCAUGUACUGCUUUGUCCCCGCAUUGCUGGAAAACGACAUAGCUGGAUCAAGCAAAGGGAAGUUGGAACUAUAUACACACAUCAUCAGAAAACUGUAAUUGUGGAUGCGGAUGCCGGAAAUAACAGAAGAAAAAUUAUAGCAUUUGUUGGUGGACUUGAUUUAUGUGAUGGGCGAUAUGAUACUCCCCACCACCCUAUCUUUAAGACAUUACAGACAAUACAUAAGGAUGAUUAUCACAACCCCACUUUCACGGGUAACACUGGUGGUUGUCCAAGGGAGCCGUGGCAUGAUUUGCAUUCUAAAAUUGACGGUCCAGCAGCUUAUGAUGUCUUAACUAACUUUGAGGAACGCUGGUUAAAAGCUUCAAAACCGCAUGGGAUAAAGAAGUUGAAAAUUUCAUAUGAUGACGCUUUACUUAGACUGGAAAGAAUUCCAGAUGUUAUUGGCAUUAAUGACACUCCUAGUGGUGAAAAUGAUCCUGAAUCAUGGCAUGUUCAGAUAUUUCGUUCAAUUGAUUCAAGUUCUGUUAAGAGAUUUCCAAAAGAUCCAAGAGAGGCAACUGGCAAGAACCUUGUAUGUGGGAAGAAUGUGCUGAUUGACAUGAGCAUACAUACAGCAUACGUGAAGGCUAUUCGUGCUGCACAGCAUUACAUUUAUAUAGAGAAUCAAUAUUUCAUCGGGUCUUCUUACAAUUGGAGUCAACAUAAAGACCUUGGUGCUAAUAAUUUAAUACCGAUGGAAAUUGCUCUAAAGAUUGCGGAAAAGAUUAAAGCAAAUGAGAGGUUUGCAGUGUAUAUAGUUAUUCCAAUGUGGCCAGAAGGUGAACCAAAAGGUGCUGCCACGCAAAGGAUUCUCUUCUGGCAGAAUAAAACAAUGCAAAUGAUGUAUGAGACAAUUUACAAGGCUUUGGUUGAGGCUGGGCUUGAAGCAGCAUUCUCUCCACAAGACUAUUUGAACUUUUUCUGCCUUGGUAAUCGGGAGGCUAUAAAUCUUUAUGAAAAUGUCAAUGUGUCAGGAAAUCCUCCCCAAGCAAAUAGUCCACAAGCAAAUUGUCGAAAUAGCCGACGUUUCAUGAUUUAUGUUCAUUCAAAAGGCAUGAUAGUUGAUGAUGAAUAUGUGAUAGUGGGAUCCGCAAACAUUAACCAAAGGUCUAUGGAAGGAACAAGAGACAGUGAGAUUGCAAUGGGAGCAUACCAACCUCAUCAUACCUGGGCAAGAAAAACGUCUUGUCCACAUGGACAGAUCCAUGGAUAUAGGAUGUCACUUUGGGCAGAACAUACUGGAACAAUUGAAGAAAGCUUCUUGCAACCUGAGAGCCUUGAAUGCGUGCGAAGGGUUAGAGCAAUUGGUGAAAUGAACUGGAAACAAUUUGCAGCAAAUGAAGUAACAGAGAUGAGAGGGCAUCUACUAAAAUACCCUGUAGAUGUAGAUCGAAAGGGGAAAGUCAGAUCACUUCCCGGUCAGGAAGAGUUCCCUGAUGUAGGAGGAAAAAUUGUCGGAUCUUUUCUUGCCAUGAAGGAGAAUCUUACCAUUUAAUUUGAUGAACUGAUGAUUACUUUGAGUCUGUCACAUUCUGUGCUAGUCAUGGAUGAAAUGUAUGUAAAUUACAAAAUAGAAGUUCAACAGUUUUGAAAUGCUUGAUAGUUACAGAAAUACAUACAGUGUAUAGUCAAACACCUUUACAGGUUAUUCUUUUUCCUUUUUUAGGACUAACUAACAAACCACCUAUAGACCAAUUCUUGAUUAUUAUACAAGCUAGCUUUUGCUAGAAAUAAGUGUUGUUUUUGUGUGUAUAUACUUUAUGUGGAAUGCUAUUUGUUUUGUAAUUCAUGGUGCUGCCGAGUAUGAUAUGGUUACAUGACAACAUAGUUGCCUUGCCAA